GAUCUUGCCCCAGAAGUUGAAGCGUGAAGGUGGGGUGGGAUUCCUGUUGUGGUGUUUCCUCACGGCGUCGCAGUUUAUCAAUUGACUUCGAGUCUCGGGGCCCGUGGCCAUUCUGGCUCGAGUCAUUUUGCUUCUGUCGUAGCUAACUACGCAUCUAGCGGCCUUCAACACUGUGCAGAAUGGGAAGGGGUGGCAGCAAGGGCACGGAGACGCCUCUGCGCUUCGCGAUCGGGGACCAGGUGCUGUGCAACACGUCGAGCGGGUGGGAGCCAGGGACCGUGGUGGACCAUUGGUACACCCAGGAGGGCUUCCCGCCGAACUUCUACGCCCCCUACCAGGUGCAGCUCAACGACGGCACCUUGAUUUUUGUCCCCGAGGACCUUCCGCAGCUCUGCCGCGAGCGGGUGCUGGUGUGGUGGGAGAAGGCGUUCAAGACCGCCGGUGGGAAGGCACCCAUGGCGAGCAAGGUCCGAGCCGCCGCCACAGGAGUCAACGUGGACGAGCCGGACUGCAACGGCACGACGGCUCUGGCGGAGAGCGUGCGCAACGGCUGGCAUGACGUCAUGGGGGUGUUGCUGGACCUCGGCGCCACCGCGAGCACAGUCAACAACAAGGGCCAGACCCCCUUGCACCUGGCAGCCUCCGCCAAGUGCACGACGCCGGAGCAGGUGAGCUCUGCAGUGGAGGCCCUCCUGAAGGCCCGGGCGGACCCGAACGUGCAGGACCAGGACCCGGAGAAGGACGCCGACUUCACCAGCAAGUCGUUCGAGGAGCGCGAGAAGCACCGCACGGCGCUGCACUACUGCGCCGCCUGGGACUACGUCGCCGCGGCGCGGCUGCUGCUGGAGGCCCGGGCCGACCCGAACAUCAUUGAUGGCCAGUACAAGACGCCCCUGCAUUUGGCAAUCGAGGAGGAGUCUUCAAAGGAGAUGGUUUCCCUGCUGCUGGAGUUCAAAUCCGAUCCUGACAAAGGCAAUAUGGAGAUAGGCCUGAACUCAUCCUAUCUUCUUGAGGCCGCGCGUAACGGUAACUCCGAACUGGCUGCUGCUCUGAUCAACGCCAAGGCCAACAUCGACAUCGUCGGGAAGAACGGCAUGACCCCUCUCAUCAUGGCUGUCAGGUGCAAUAAAGCCGACGUGGCGAAGCUGUUGGUUGACGCAGGGUGCGACACUGCUGUCAAGGCGAUGGGCAAGACUGCCAGUGAGCUUGCGCUGAAGAGCCCUGACACAGGGCUGAAAAGGCUGCUUGGGGCAGAUGCCAGCGCGGGUGCGGAUGAAACUGGGAAAAGGAAGAACUUGUUUUUGAUGUGAAUGCUGCGCCCUCCUUGCCCACGUACAGCUGCCAGUGGAGCGCGCUAAGUGGCUGUAGAAUAUUGUCGUGCUUCUUUUUUCUCGGGCAAACGCUCUGCACCUAGAUGCAGGAAGCACACCAUUGUUUCUUUUAGGGUGUGCGUUUUUAUUUUCGAUCCGUAAGUGCGCUCUUCGAGGGGUGAAUUAUUGUAGGCUAUGUAUCUGCUCCAGGCCUAGAUCCGUUUCUCUGUCAUCCCCCUUUCCCUCCUCCCAUACAAGUUAUUUAGUUGUACGCAGCGCUGGGCGUGUGCCCGCGAGUUUCCUCACAUAUCGCAGGCAGUUGCAGGCGUGCGUCCCGAAGACCGCUAGCUGAAUGCUGAAUGCGAUAGAUCCCGAGGUGUGGGAGCGCUGAGGGUGGCAUCAGGAUUCGUGAUGAGUGGAGCAGGGGGGAGGAGCGAUGGCGCAUGGCUGUUUCCGCCCCCCGGGCAGCUUCUAGCCCUGGCCCUCCCCGACAGGCCGCCUCGGAGUGUAAUACACCGCGGGCGCCGCCGUUUUUGGUUGCUCACGUGCGUCCAUGCUGGCCGCGUCGCUGGGAAGCGGCGAAAACAGCGGCGCCGGAACCCGGAUUCGAGAAGGGCACGACGCCACUAGACUAGAGGGCAUCACGGCAGGCCUAUAGCUCGGAGCCCCGAUCUUGGUCCGUUUCUGGCUGAGCCCGGAGGCAACGUCUGGAUAGCGAUCUGGCCUCAAAAAGGCUUGAUGUGGAGGCUUGGCGAUGGCGGACGCCCGGACGUCUGGAGGGCCCGAUCUCCUCCAAUCGCCCCCUCUCCUC